UCCAGUAUUUUCCCGCCGAAACCAACCAGAAAACGGUGGCAAAAGAGGCAAAGCAGAAACGCUUGAAACCGCCGCUACAAGCGCCACUCAAGCGGCAGUCACCAUACCUAAAUACCAAAGCAACAUUUUUCAUUCUUUCUUCUUCUCAGAGAACAGAAGCCGAUGGAAGUUAAUCAACAGGCCAGAUGUAGAGAGUUGGCUAUGUCGUCCUCAUUUUACAGCGCAGUUUACUCUGAGAUAGAAGAGGUUGGAUGGGAGCAUUUGGUGAGGGUGGGAGGAGAUCUAAAUUUCCUUAUUUUUCGUGUUUUAGAUACAAAGGGAAGAGUGCAUGUUCUGGAAAUUGAAUUGGAUAAAGCUUAUCCUAAAGUUCCUCCAAUGGUUUCAGCGGAUGUUCCCUAUAUCUUCAAUUUAGAAUGGACAAUGAACUCAAGACUGAAAAACUUGGUACAACAGUUUGAGGAGCAUCUGGAGAAGCUUCAAGGAUUUUGGUAUACUUUGGACGAGAUUGACAGAUCUCUUCAGAUUGUUGAUUCAAAGCAGGCAUCUCGUGCGAUUGUGAGUCGCCAAAUUCAAUUAGGAAACGAUUGCUUCAUGAUAUUGUCUAUCAGUAUCAAUGAUCCUAGAUCAUUACCAGAGUGUCGUUUUAUGGGUUCAGGUAUUGUUGUGAACUCCUUGAGAAAGACAUGGAAAAGAAAUGUUGAUAAAUGGGUGAGGGACAAUGCCUUCUUAGAAAAUCUUGAGUGUCUUCUGAACACCCAAUUGCCAAGGCUCGCUGAUGAAGAGAAGAAUAAUCAUCUAGAUGAAUGUGGAAUCUGUUAUGCUCAGUAUCUCCCCAUAGGUGAUGAGCAUACAUCCAAUAGUGGCAUUGCAACUGAUUACAUUUGUGAGAAUAACAGUUGCAGUAAGGCUUUCCACAGCAUGUGCCUAGUGGACUGGAUGCGUUCAAUCACAACUACAAGGCAGUCAUUCAAUGUUUUGUUCGGAAAUUGUCCUUACUGCUCAGAGCCAAAUGCAGUGAAAAUCAACUCUACAAAGAAUUAGAGAUCUUACAAGUCUUAAUCUAUUAUCCCGAGCUGAUUCAUCCUGUCCCAGAGAAACUUUCAUGAGUAAAAGAGGCGGGCCUAUUUCCUAGAGGCCAAAGCAGCAAAACAUCUGAGGUCUCAGUAUAAAUUCCGAACAUUGAAGCUUCUCUUGUCAAUUCAGCUAUUGAAAAUCAAUUCCAUUUUGCAGAAAUAAGACGAAUUA